UUACCUGUGUGGGGUAUGAACUUCAGCUCACUUUGUGUAUGUUGUGUUUGAACCACAGGAGCUAUUUAGAAAGAGCCUAAGAACAAGAUAAUUCAAAUCUAAGGCUAAAAUGUCUCAGAUGAUAUCCAGCUACCCUGUGUUUCCAUUCACUAAAGGCACAAAGGGCAGUUAUAGCAGCUCAGGUCUUGCUUGCAUGUCUGCAGUAGAUGUUCCUCUAUGGGAGAGCAGAGCCAGGAAGGAUUUUCUGUACUGAAAAUAUUGAUACUACAGUAACUGUGGACAUUUCAGGUCUGAUGCUAGUAAAAAUGCUGAUUAGGCCCACAACAGGGACAGUACUGCUGGAUCCUUUGCUUCACCUGCAUAGAGUCCAAUUUGGGGUGAUUUGUGGUUUCCUGCUUGCAGUUUAUCUCUGUAGUGGUGGCUGGUUCCUGUGGAGGAGGCAGAACCGUGGCAGGAUGUGUGAAGGGCCAUCCAGGAUUUGUGGACCCAUUCCUCCAGACCCUACACUCUCUCCAGGCUAUUACAAACUCCCCUUCUCAGCUCGAGGGAGGCUGGAAGGGAGUGCUCUGAAGCUGGGUUUUAGCUCUGACCCUCUGCAUCCAGUUUCUAACCCAUACAGUGCCCGCCAGGUCCAACCAGCCCCUCGCAUUCGCCCCAGUGGAAAGGACUUCCUGGAGAAGGGACAGAAGGGGAUGCUCAGUCUCUUAUUGCAGCUUGAAGGGCUCUCCCUUGACAGGAGGCUGCCAGUUGAGAGGAAAGAGUCCAAGGAUCAUGAGAAAGAAAAUGUAAGGAGAAUAAAAGAGAUUCAGAAGAAGUACAAAGAGAAGGAGCGAGCCCAAGAGCACAGCAAGCCCAAGCCUGUGAAAGCUCUCUGGAAAUCUCAGAAAUAUGAAAACGUGGAGUCAAAGGUGAAGGCCAAACUCCAGGAGAGCUCCCCACCUCCAAAUCCAGAGGCUCUGAAAUUCCUGAGGGCAUAUUCUCGCUGUGGUCCUGGGAUCAAGCCAUGCAGAUCGCUCUCCCCAGGGCCUGCCAGAAUGAAAACAGGAGCAGACACAGAGGAUCCAGAGGCACUGGGUGUUGAAAUCAAGAUGCAGGUGGAGGGCAGGAGCAUCAACUUUGUUAAGCACAACGCCCGCAGUGCCAAGCGGGCCCCGCUGCGGCGGUCCCUGUCCGAGCAGGCGCUGGCCGAGCUGCUGCAGCAGAAGCACCAGGAGCAGGAGGACUACAACACUAAGCAAAAGGGCCAUGUCCCCCAGUACCUGCUGGAGAGGAAGGAGCUGUGGCGCAGAGAGAUGGAGGAGCGGCUGCGAAACCUGCCAGAUCCCAGCAUACCACCUGGUCAUACCAAGAUGCAAGAGGACCAGCGGCUGGAGACCCUCGGCAGUCUGAAGCAGAGCCAGGAGCAGCUGGUAAAGGACCUGGUGAUGCUGCCAGUGAGAGCAGACACUCUCAGCAUGCAGAAGAGGCGGGUGGAGCUGGAGAGGAAGCUCUCCCAAAUAGAAGAGGCCAUCAAAAUUUUCUCAAGGCCCAAGGUCUUCAUCAAGCUGGAUGCGUGAGCUAGGUUAUGGUUAGGGCCCAUGCAGGUGCCAAUGCAGUGUCCCAGUGUGCAGCCAGUGUCUCUUGCUCAUGCUUCAGUGAUGUGCCUGUCCACAGAAAAGGGAGGGAGAAUCCCUAAUAUACUCUCUGUGGUCUGGAGAA